CAUGGACAUGAUGGGCAACAAAGAGCGACGAGGCGUGAAUUUCAAAGGCUUGCUGAAGAGGAACUGGCUUCUGAUUGCCACGGUUUUGUCAGUGCUGCUUGGGAUCAGCCUGGGUGUCUUGGUCAGAGAGUAUGCCUCCCUCUCCCACCUCCACAAGCAGUACUUUGGCUUCCCGGGCGAGAUCCUGAUGCGGAUGCUGAAGCUGGUCAUCCUGCCUCUCAUCAUUUCGAGCAUGAUAACAGGUGUCGCAGCCCUGGACUCCGAGGUUUCGGGAAAGAUAGGUCUGCGGGCUGUUAUUUAUUACUUCUCAACAACCAUCAUUGCAGUCGUUCUGGGAAUCAUUCUGGUGAUGACUAUCAAACCGGGCGUCUCUCAGACAGCUGAUCACAUUGACAGAGAAGGGACCACGCCCAACGUCACGACAGUUGACACGCUCUUGGACCUCAUCAGAAACAUGUUUCCAGAAAAUCUGGUGCAGGCCUGUUUUCAGCAGUACAAGACUAAGCGCAAAGAGAUGGAGCCUCCAAAGGUUUUGGGCGACACCACCACAAUCCCACCUCUCACAACUACUAUCAUGGCAGCAGUAGAGAAUAUCACUAAGAACUAUAAAAUCGUUGGGUCAUACUCGGAUGGAAUCAACGUGUUGGGCCUCAUCGUGUUCUGCGUGGCAUUUGGCCUUGUUAUUGGGAAGAUGGGUGAGAAGGGACGAAUCCUCCUGGAAUUUUUUGACGCCCUGAAUGAAGCAACCAUGAAACUGGUCCAGAUAAUUAUGUGCUACAUGCCAGUAGGCAUCCUGUUCCUAAUUGCUGCUAAGAUCAUCGAGGUGGAAGACUGGGAGAUCUUCAGGAAGAUGGGUCUUUACAUGGUGACGGUGCUGAGUGGUCUAGCUAUCCACGCCACUGUCUGCCUGCCACUCAUCUUCUUCAUCAUUGUGAGGAAGAACCCGUAUACAUUCACACUGGGGAUGGCUCAGGCCCUGGUGACAGCACUCAUGAUAUCCUCGAGCUCUGCCACUCUACCCGUCACCUUCCGAUGCGCAGAGGAGAACAACCGCAUUGACAAGCGGAUCACCCGCUUUGUCCUCCCAGUGGGUGCCACCAUUAACAUGGAUGGCACAGCACUGUACGAGGCGGUUGCCGCCAUUUUCAUCGCCCAGCUGAAUGACUACUCUCUGGACGUGGGCCAGAUUGUCACCAUCAGUAUAACAGCAACUGUUGCCAGUAUUGGAGCAGCAGGGGUCCCUAACGCUGGCCUUGUCACCAUGGUGAUAGUGUUAACAGCCGUAGGGUUACCUGCAAGUGAUGUUACUCUGAUAGUGGCUGUGGAUUGGCUUCUGGAUCGGUUCCGCACUAUGAUCAAUGUGCUGGGUGAUGCUUAUGGGGCCGGUAUUGUUCAGAAACUAUCCAAGAGGGAACUUGAGCGGAUGGACCUGACUUCGGACGUGGAUGUCGCCAACCCCUUCGCUCUGGAAGCCACUUUGGAUGACGAAGAGUGCGAGAAGAAAUCCUAUGUGAACGGAGGUUUCACCGUCGACAAGACAGAUGCGAUCUCCUUCACUGAAACCUCACAGUUUUAG